GUAGAUGAACAACCCUGUUGACCUGCAUGGAACCAAAUAACCCUUCAAACAGAGACUGUAAGCAGGAAAACCUGCUGGAUUAGUCCUGUGAAAAGGACAAGAACUCUACAAACAGUCUAAACACUCUCUUCAUAUUGAGGGCGCGCGCUGUUCCUGCUGUCAACAGUGAAACCCCUAAAGAACAUUUAAAGAAGCUCAUUUGCAUGUUUUGGAGGUCCUGAAGAAAUCAUCGAGCGUCCAGCUGAAUCAUCAUCGAUACAUGAAAAAGUGCCAAAUCACGGCCGGUAACGGGAGGAGCAAGUGAUGAACCGUGACAGAUGAGAGUCGCACCUGCUUGAACUCGCAUCAACACACACUUCAUCAUCAUCAUCAUCAUCUUAUUAUUAUUACUUAUUAUUGUUUAAGAGUACCGCGCGAGCAUGGGACGGUACAGCGGCAAAACGUGUCGGCUGAUUCUGAUGCUCGUCAUCACCGUGAUCUUUUUCGUGGCGGAGAUCGUGGCGGGAUACAUGGGCAACUCCAUCGCGCUGGUGUCGGACUCCUUCAACAUGCUGUCGGACAUUCUGUCGCUGUGCGUCGGGCUGACGGCGGCGCGGGUGGCGCGACGCGCCGGAUCAGGACGCUGCACGUACGGGCUGGGUCGCGCGGAGGUGGUCGGCGCGUUGGCCAACGCCGUGUUUCUGGCCGCUCUCUGUUUCUCCAUCUCCGUGGAGGCGCUCAAGAGACUCGCCCGGCCGGAGCCGAUCGAUGACCCGACGCUGGUUCUGAUCGUGGGCUCGUUGGGUCUGGCGGUCAAUGUGCUCGGGCUGCUGAUCUUCACGGACUGCCGGUGGUUGUGCGCGACGCGAGAGAAGAACGCCAAAGACGCUUCCGAGCAACGCGACGCAGAAGAAGCAGGCAGACUGUCCCAGCAGAGCACUUCUCCUGACCACGAGGAAAAGUCUGCGAAUGAUGGACCUCCUCUGAACAUCAGAGGUGUCCUGCUGCAUGUGUUGAAUGACGCUCUGGGCUCAGUGGUGGUGGUCGUGGCUUCAGCGUUGUUCUACGUGUGGCCUUUGACCCCUGAGAGUCCGUGUAACUGGCAGUGUUACGUGGAUCCCAGUCUGACGCUCAUCAUGGUGGCCAUUAUCAUGUCUUCAGCCGUUCCGCUGGUGAAAGAAACUGCAGGAAUCCUGCUGCAAAUGAGUCCUGUCGACCUGCCAUUCAGCACCAUCUUGGAGAACGUGUGCAAACUGGCCGGUGUCAUGAGUGUUCAUGAGGCUCAUGUGUGGGAGUUGGCUAAAGGCCGGAAUGUUGCGUCCCUGCAUGUCAAAGUCUCCCCUGACCUUCACGAUCCGUGUUGGGAAACAUCAGGCCUUCACAGACAGAUACUGGAGGUGUUUCACUGCGCCGGCGUUCACAGCGUGACGCUUCAGUUUGAGUGCAGUGAAGGAGAGCAGGACACGGGUCACUGUAACACCCCCUGUCUGUCACCAGCGUGUAGGAAGCUGUCGUGCUGUCCCGGCAGAGUGGCGUCUGUUUGUCACGGAAACCCCUCCUCGCCCUCUGGAGAUGUUACUGUUGACGUGCUCGAGAGCAGAAACACACUGCUGAGAGAGAAAGAGGGCAAACACACUGAGAGCACCAAAUUUUAAAUCUGAAGAGCUGUUUCCUCAGGGUCACCUCACAUCUUCUCUUGCACUAAACAAUUUUCUCAAUUCUCAUUAAGGUUCAAGAUUGAGCAAUGGUUAAUUUUGAGAAACAGCCCUGUAAUAUUCCACAGAACAAAAGAGACUCUGAGAUAUGAGUUCAGUUGCUGUAUUUAAUCACUUUGGUACUCACCGUCUGAUGCACUUUGGACUGAAAUCUCAAGGCUGACUGCACGUCUGCACCUCGCCGACCUCGAACCCUGUGCCUUCAGUCUCGUUUAUUCCUCUAGGUAAGAUGUUGAGACCGUAUCGGCUGUUUAAUACAGUCACUGAGAGACGCUCAGAUUCAGAUAUUUUGAAGUUCUGCUGGAUCAUGUUCAUGUGCUGUUCUUCAUCAUCAGCUUAUUUAUCUUUUCACAAAAAUCUGUCAAGAAUAAAUUAUCAUUACUGUAAUGUCAAAAAUAUCCCCCGAUUAUUAUUUAAUGUAUUUUUAUUUAUACAUAAUGCUAGUAUUUGUUGUACUACAUUUAAUGUAUGCAUAAUCUUUUUUUUUUUAUGUAAUGGGAAUUAGGAAAACAUCUGAACACAUUACAGUAAUAAGAAUGAGAUGUAUUUUGCAUAAAUGGGAGUUUUGGGUGUAAAUGGGUUUAAUUGUCAGGAAAAUAAUGUCACAAUACAAAAACAUUUAUGUUUCAUUUCCUUUAUGCAAAAUAUACAAUUCAUAUUUUAUUUCCUAUAAUUUUGGGGUGAAAUGUGAUUUGACCCGAAAAGUAUAUUUGCAUUCCUGUUUAUUUAUUUUCAUUCUUAAUAAUCUUAAGCGAUUGGUGAUUCAGGGAAACUAGAAUGAGUUAAUAUUUAUUCAUAAUGUUUGUAUGUGUCAGUGUAUAACCUAUGAAAUAGUCAUGUGAGCGACAAUCAAAUACUUUAAACUAAGUAACAUAUUCUGUUUAAAUUCAGAGUUAGGCUUUAUAUUGUAAAUAAACAGAUCUGAAUGGA